AUGUUAUUCGGUUUUAAAUACAUUUUUCCAACAUUUUGUUAUGUCUCAAGGAAGUUUCAAGUGGCUGAUUUACGAGAUUUGCCAGCAAAUAGUUGUGGUGCGAGUCAUUAUCGUAAAUGGGGAGGUUUUUGGUUAUGUGAAUUUGAAAAGACAUUGUCAAUGUUAUUUGAAAUGUCUGAGACAAAUAAAGAACAAAAUAUUGUGAAAGAAGUAAAAGCUAAAUGGAAAAUUACAAUUUAA